UGAUAAUUUAAUUAUCUUCGCAACUCGACGUGUAUUUCGUAAAAGUUGGCCGUCAUCAGCCGUCAUUUUGUUAUAUUUGUGUAUUUUGUCGGCAAUUUUAUGUGAUUAAUUGUGAAAAAUGGCUAAAUUGGUCGAUAUAUACAAUGGUGAAAAGGAGCCCGUUAUUAAACGUCGGCAAUUACCACUUAAUAUUUACGAAAACCUCACUAUGAUUAUGGAUCUAAAUACAAUGGGCCUCAUUUGUGACAACCCUCAAGUGAAAGGUCGCGAAUAUGAAGAGUUCAUGCGCAAGUACAGAAUCCUUACGACAGACGAACUGAAAUCAGCGCUAAGGGUCGACGCAUCCGAUAUAUUUAACGUUUUAAAUCAAAGCAUUCCUUGCGUCGGCUGCCGAAGAAGUGUUGAAAGACUCUUUUAUCAGCUAUGCAAAUCAGGACAUCCAACUUUAGAUCCACUUAUUCUGACCCCAGAUGAAGUUAUGACAAUCAGAGAAGACAAAAUCACACAUCCACAGUCACUCUCUACUCUGUUAAAUGGUCACAGUACUGGCAUCGAAUGCCUAAUACUCAGUCAACCAAGGUGGAAGAAAUCCCAGCGUUGCACAUUGCACUCACUUGAAGCCGGCACAGCAAGAGGAUGGGGCGCAACUUCAACCUGUGCAUGGGGCUGGGGAGCGUGGGGGUGGGGCGGGCGGGCCGCGUGGCGCGCAGCGUGGGAUGCAAUGCGCACUUCGGCCCGUGAACACGUCACCUUAGUUCACUUCAACACGCUACACGACACUCUUCACAACUAUCUACGGAAACACAGAUUCUGUGCUGAUUGUAAGACUAAGGUCUUGAGAGCGUAUCAGCUAUUGGUCGAAGAGAAAGAGCCACAUAAGGAAAAGGGUUAUGUAGGAGCGUUGUACGGUGGCAUCAAACGUUGUCUGUUAGAUAAGCACCUGCACCUGUCAGCUAAAACAGACUACAUCGCACAUCUCAUCGCCCGAGCAGAACCAGAGUUGCUGGGAAACCAUCGCGAGAGACAUGCCAAAACUUUAGAAAUUGCACAGGAAGAGGUGUUGAUAUGUCUCGGGAUAUGCAUCUACGAGCGCCUGCAACGCAUUUCCCUUCGUCUACGCGAGGAGGAGGGCACCUGCCAGACGCUCGCGGCGGUGGCAGUGGAGGCGCUGUAUCGCAAGUUCGAGACCGCGGUGGAGCUGAAGAGCGGGGUGUCUAAGCUGCAGCUGCUGUACGACGAGAUCACACAAGAGGAACUGACGCGCCAGCAGAGGAAAGAACAGAAGAAACUCAAGCGACGCAAGAAGAAGGAGCGACAGGCCGGCGAAGGAAAGUGCAAGGAAGCAGACUCAGAAGAACCCGAAGAAAAGUGCCAAUGUGAAGAAUGUUUAUUGGAAGAAAGAGACACGCCAACCGACCUGCUAUCGCCGCGCGACUACAACCCAUGCUUUGAGGGAAUGCAGUCUACCGACAGUUGCCAUUCGUGUCAGGAGGAUUAUACAAAACACUGUUCACCCAAGAAGCUAGGCAAGCAAAGAGCUAAAAACGGCAACUUAUCUCCUAACGAACACCAAGAUUGUGGUUACUCAUCAGGAAAUAACGGUGGAUGCUGUGAAACUAUGUCUGGUUCAUCUUCUCUAAUGAGCUCUCCGGAAGGUUCUGAAGUGGCUUGUUCUGAAGGAUUCUGUAAUCACGACAGAGGCGAUUGUCUGGACAAUAAACACGAUAAGGUCACGUCGUGCACUGGUUUCACACUUUCGCUGCAAGAAAUGCUGGACACAUGUUCAUCCGACGAAGAGCAAGACACCAGUUAUAUUCCUAUUGAAGAAGUAUUGGAGUUCAAAUCGCGAAUAAAUAUAACAGAGAAAAGGCAAGAGCUCAGACAGAACCUACGUCAAAAAUUUGCUCAGUUAUGUGUCAACCCACAAACCCAACCAGUAUCACUGAAGCAAGGCAAAAAUCCUGCAUAAUCUGUUGGAAAUAGUGUAACAUUCAAACUGCACGUAAAACCUCGAAACCAGUAGAAAAUUACUCAACAAUAAAAAUAUGUAACCUUUAAUUAUAAUUUAUGUUUAUUUUUAUUCCAUGUACACAAUGUUAGAUGCAUGUUAGCGAGCGAAACUAAGCUUUCCUAAGCAAACUAGGUAACAAUAUUAGUGGGCUUAUGUUACAAUAAAGGUUAUUAAUUAUAUUCAAACAAAAGGUUUUUAAUGUCUCUUAUUAAAUACCUAUUUAAAGCUGGCAAAACAUUGGCAGCAUUUCUGGUGGCAAAUAUUUAAGGGCAGUCACUUGACACCAGGUGACCUGCCGUUAUUUAUAUUUUUUACGAAGUCCUAAUUAGAAAACAUGAUCCUCAAACAAACUAAAUAAAAAUUUGGGAAAUGAAAAGGUGCUUAUAUAGGAUGUUAUGUAUAUUAUUUUGAUUUAACUUAUCAGUUAAUAUCAUAAUUUUAUAAAUAAUAUUAUAAGUGAAAGUCAAGUGCAUGUUUGAAUGGUUCCAACUAUUUAUGAUAAUUUGAAGUUGUAAUCGACUGGAAUAAAUAACCAGCAUUUAAUGAAUAUUUACUAUUAAAAAAUAUUAAAAGGCUUUGUAAGGAAAUAUAGUAGCAUUUUUGAUCAAAUGAUUUUAUUUUCAUGCUUUAUGUGACUCAGUCUUGUAUGUGGUACACAAUGGUUUAUUUUCGCUCCAUAUGAAAGUGCUAUAACAGCCUUAUAUAACUAGGAGCUACUGCGGCUACUUUGCCAUUGUUGUAAAAUCUGAAAACAUUUGUAACUCAGUUUUAAAUAUACUAUCAAGUCU